AUGACUUGCGCAAGCAUAAGUCUUACUUGUCUCAAACCUGGCCAGUAAGAGUGCAGAUGAGAGGGUUAAUUUUCAUUGUUUUAGGGUGACAGGAAACAUGAUUAGCGGGGCGGCCCAACAACACAAAAAGAGGUUGAUCCCGCUAAAGAAGACCGAUGCCAUGCAUCAUGCUGAUCGGCGGAAUGGAAAGCUCCUCGAUGAGAUCUAUUCCAAUGGUACUAACGUAUUCCAGGUAUGCGCGGCGCCAUCAAUUAUUCACUGUCAUUUAGCAUGUAUUCCCGCGAAAACUUAAUGAUUCGGACGAGCCCGAGUUUCUGCGGCUAAACAUUGGCGGUUCUCCGUAUCUAAUUCUGGUCGAGGCCCUUCUUCGAGCUGAUGUCAACACAGGUUUCCUCACAAAAUUCGUUCAAUUAACCCACGAGGCUCGCUUACGAGUAAGAUGACAAUCGAAAGCAUUAUUUUUAGGUGGCCGAUGCGUAUUUAAGUGAUGAAAAUAUGUACUUCUUCCAAAGAUCUCCUCAAUCAUUUGAAGCUAUCUUCCAAUAUUACGCAACAGGUGUGAUACAUCGACCGCCAGAAGUGUGCCCUUCUGCGUUUCUGGCCGAAUUAGAUUUUUGGCGGAUCCCGUCGUCGUAUGUGGGCUCGUGCUGUGCAGAAAUAGUGCCUCGGGAAAAGCCGGAAGAAAAACCGGAAGAAAGAGUAAGUCCGAAAUCUUGUUAUUAUGUUGUUAAACUAAUUAGCUACAUACAAAUUUCAUCAAAUUACAGAGUCAUUCUUUUCCAACUUGCAUAAUAUUAUUAAAACCCCUGUUAUCUUGCAGAUCGAUGACAACACAUUCGAUAAUCUAAUUUUUGGAAAACUUCGAAGAAGGAUGUGGACGUUUUUGGAGAGGCCGGGCUCCUCAUUCCAAGCCAAGGCAUUUGAGCUCUCUUCCACGUUGUUUGUCGCCAUUUCAGUGAUGGGAUUGAGUUUCGGGACGAUUCCCGAGUUCCAAGUGAGGAGGAAGUCCCCGGCCAACUAAUGUUUCAGGUCAUUUAUCGUAUGCCACCCCAUAAUGAAACGAUCAUCCUACCCAAUGGAACGGUCGUGGUGGUGGAGAAGGUCGAAGAAAUCCGGAUCGAACAUCCGGCGUUUGUGUUCACGGAGCGGAUAUGCAUUGCAUUUUUUACCGUAGAAUAUUGCCUCAGGAUGUUUGCGGCUCCACGAAAGAUUCGAUUUGCCAUAAAAGCACUGAAUCUAGUCGACUUGCUGGCUAUUGUGCCAUUCUACCUCGAGCUUUUACUGACAUUAUGUGGAGUCGACGACCGGAUGUUACGUGACCUUCGAUGGGCUUUUCUAGUGGUCCGAAUUCUCAGGGUCCUAAGGGUUAUUCGAAUUAUCAAAUUGGGGCGAUUCAGUUCAGGCCUUCAAACCUUUGGGAUGACUCUCCAACGGAGUCAAAAACAACUUCAGAUGAUGACAAUAGUGCUUCUAACGGGUGUUGUCUUUUUCUCAACGAUGAUUUACUUCCUUGAAAAGGACGAGGAGGGAACCCCCUUUACCAGCAUACCUGCGGCGUACUGGUGGUGUAAGUCGGCUAAUUAAGAGCUUGAUAAUCCUUUUACUUUCAGGUAUCGUUACCAUGACAACGGUAAGUUAACAGGAUUCUUAUUCAUAAAAGUUAAAGGUGGGUUAUGGAGAUGCGGUGCCGGCAACAACCUUUGGCAAGGUCAUAGCUUCAGCGGCUAUUAUGUGUGGUGUUCUGGUAAGCGCAUAAACGUAUGUAAAAUUUCCUAAGGUACUUGCCCUCCCUAUCACCAUAAUCGUGGACAACUUUAUCAAAGUUGCGCAAGACGAACAACAGCAGGAGCAAAUAAAAGUAAGAAUUUACCUUUAUUUUCAACCUAUUUCGUAUACCAUAUGCUACGUAAUAUAAUUUCAGGAAGACGAAGAGUUACUGGAUUAA